GCACAGUUGAGGUAACAGUCAGAUCAUUCGUAUGGUUGGUGGUGGUGGAGGGAGGGAGGAAGAAAGCUUGGCGACACUCCCGCCCACUCUUGCCCCUUAUAAAGAACCUCAAGAGUGGAAAAGACCCCCUAAGAGAGCUGAGCCAAACACACGAAAGAGCACUUUGAGAGCCGGGACGAGUCCGAAAGAGGGCGAGAGAGUAAGAGAGAGAGGAUUAUAGGACGCUGCACUCAUGGAUGAACAGGGAGAGGUAAAAGUCAAAAACCCAUGGCACAGGCCGGCUGUCAUCUUUCUGAUGGCUGUUGUUGCCUUGGGGAUCGUCAUCAUGGUGUCCAUUUCUGUUGUCCAGCACAAGCCUUUAAACCAAAAGUACAAGUAUGGAAUAGUCCUGGACGCCGGCUCCUCUCACACCUCUGUGUUUAUCUAUAAAUGGCCAGCAGAGAAGGAGAACAACACAGGCAUGGUACAGCAGCAUCACACAUGCAACGUUAAAGGCAAAGGCAUCUCCAGUUACUUCGAUAAACCAAAUGGGGCUGGUGCAUCUCUGGAGGAGUGCAUGGGGGAGGCCAAGGAGAAAAUACCUACUCACAGACACAGCGAAACCCCCGUCUACUUGGGAGCAACGGCAGGCAUGAGACUGCUCAAGAUGGAAGAUGAAAUGGCCUCAGAAAAAGUGCUUACCUCUGUUGCGCAUUCACUGAAGACGUACCCCUUCUCCUAUCAGGGAGCUCGUAUUAUUUCAGGCCAAGAGGAGGGAGCUUUUGGAUGGAUUACUGUCAAUUACCUGAGUGAAAACUUCAGAAAGCCCACAAGCACUCUUGGAGCUCUGGACCUUGGUGGAGCCUCUACUCAGAUAACCUUCGUACCUCAGCAGAAUAUUGAAUCAUCCGAAAAUUCGAUUGACUUCAGGCUGUAUGGAAAUGAUUAUCAUCUUUACACCCACAGCUUUCUCUGUUAUGGGAAGGACCAAGCUCUCAAGCUUACUAUGGCUGAGAAAUUGCGCUCAACACCUGACAAGACAGAUGCCAUUUUGUUAAUGGAUCCUUGUUUCCAUCCUGGAUAUAACAUAACCAAGACGCUUGAAAGUGUCAAAACACCAUGUAUGAAAGGAGCAGUUCUCCAAAGGAGCAGUUCUCCAAAGGAGCAGUUCUCCCACGUGGGGCUUGGGAAUUGGUCUCAGUGCCAAGAAUCAAUCAGAAAGGUUUUUAAUACCAGCCAUUGUCCUUAUUCAAGCUGCUCUUUCAAUAAUGUUUUCCAGCCUUCUGUUGAUGGAAAAUUUGGGGCUUUUUCUGCUUUCUUCUUUGUAAUGGACUUUUUGAAUCUGACAAAGGAUUCAUUAGACAAAACGAAGCAGAGGCUGGCAAUGUACUGCUCUACCCCAUGGCAAAAGAUUGUACAAGAUCACCCAAGAGUAAAAGAGAAGUACCUUUCUGAAUAUUGCUUCUCAGCAACAUACAUUCUCACUCUCCUGGAACAUGGGUACAAUUUCACCUCAGACAACUGGAAUGACAUCAAGUUUAUUAAGAAGAUUGGAGACAGCGAUGCAGGCUGGACUUUAGGUUACAUGCUUAACCUGACCAACAUGAUCCCGGCUGAAGAUCCAGACAAGCCACUGAUGCCUCAUGGUGGAUACGUCACAUUUAUGCUCCUCUUCUCACUUCUAAUACUCGUCCUCAUCAUUAUGGCCUACUUGUAUUUCCGUCGCUCUACUAAAACAGCCCAGAAAGACAUUAUUUAGACAGAAAUACUGUGCUGUGAUCUCUUGGAUUUGUUUUUAAUCUCUGCAGAAUAUUAAUAGAUUACUUUGUCCGAACGGUUUUACAUUUCAAAGAAUCCGUACCUCAUGUGAAGGACAAGCAGGUUUUAGGAGAAAAAUGGGUUUCUAGUUCCACCGCAGCUGAAGGGACAUUAAACUCUUUGCCCAUUUCUUUGUGACCACUUUAAAUGUUCUUAAAAAUCAAGUCAGGUUUUAGCUUUUGGGGACUGGGUGGAAAAGGGUUGCUGAGCUUCCUUCAAACGAAAAGUGCACUGACAUUGGAUGUAUUGUGUGCGUUUAAUCUGAAACGAAGGUCUCCCAAUUUAUGCAAAGAAAAGCACACAUCUUGAUGC